AUGGAUACUCAACUACUCCCUCCUCCUGAUGGGAACCAGAACAGGACAGGGCAAAUUCUUGGGGCGUGCCUUGGGUUUUUGGUCAUGUCAUGUAUUUUUGUGACACUUCGAUUGUACACCCGACUCUUCCUUAUCAAGUCCGCUCGUUGGGAUGACUGGACCAUAGUCCUUGCUUUACUUGGCAGCAUCGUUGGUGUCGGACUUGACUUUCCAGAAAUCCAUUAUGGAUUUGGACGGCAUCAGUACUAUCUCAACGACCAUCAGGUUCAAGAAUUCAAGAAGUACAUUUAUGGAGAAUGGAUCCAGACUUUCUUCACUCUGAUGAUCACCAAGGUGUCGAUCUGUUUACUGUUAUUGCGCAUCUCCCCCAACAAGCGCAUCGAAAGGCCCAUCCAAGGUCUCGUGGCGUUCUUGGUCCUCUCGAACAUUGUGCUGUCUCUCGUCUGGAUCUUGCAAUGCAUUCCAGUGGACGGCGCCUGGGAUGUUAAAAGGCAAAAGACCGCUAAAUGCUUUACACAAGGUCAAGUCCAAAGAGUCCUCAUAUCUCAAGCUAUCAUAUCGAUCAUCUCGGAUUUCAUCCUCGCAGGGUUCCCAAUCAUCAUUAUACGCAACGCUCGGAUCCACUUUCGGCAGAAGAUUCUUCUGUGCAGCCUUAUGGGUGUUGGACUAUUGUAA